UGUAACCUGAGUUUUUAUGAGAUGGCUCUGUAUAUUCACACUUAUGGAUACUGUGCCACCUUGUGAUACUUAAUAGUAGAACCCUCUCCAAGUAGGUCAGAGUGCUCACACACACUCACCUCGUAUCCUUAUCCUCAGCAUCUCUGAAUGUUCUGAGGCUGAGGCUAUAUAAGGUGGGGGCGGGGGGCGACAGCGCCCUCUUCUACCUUAGUUCCUUCCACUGCCAACUGAGAGAAAAGAACAAUAGGACUCUAAGGCCUGUUCUACACCGGGAAGGGGGAGAGGGGGAGUUUGAUCUAAGUUACACAACUUCAGCUACGUGAAUAACGUAGCUGACGUCGACGUGCUUAAAUCUACCCAAUGCGGUGUCGUCGCUGCCUGUCGAUCCUGCGGGUAACGUAGACAAGCCCUAAGAGGGAAAAAAGGGCAGAAGUGUGAACAUGCAGAGCAAUCUCAAAGAACUAUAGUUACAAGUAUGUAACCUUAAUUUCUUCUUUGAGGGACUCUACAUAUUCCACUUAUGGGUGGUUUGAUAAACAGUUCUGAAAAUAACCUGAAGGAAGGAACACAGCUAACUGAAUAGAGACUGAAGCACCACUCUACCAAAACAAGCAUCAGCCCUUGAAGCCAAAUCAAGGGCAGAAUGUUUAAGUAAAAGUGUCUCAGCAACAGAGACUUGCGUAAGGUGAACAAAAGACACUGCCACAGCUCUGGUGGAAUGAGAUAGUACCACUGUAGGUACAGGAAUUUCUGCUACCAUGUAACAUUCAACAAUCCAUUGUUUAAACUAUCCAGAAAUAGCUUGGGAAUACACAGUCUGACCCCAUGUGAUUCUUGGAAUAAGAAUCACACAAUUGUCUGAUAGAUGUGAAAUUCAGAAACUACUUUUGGCAAAAACCUGGGAUCAGCCAUCAAGACAUUUAAUUCAUUCACCUCUCUGGCUAAUGUAGGUAAUAACAAAGGCCAUCUUAAUAGAUAAGUAAUACAGGUUCCAAUUUCCUGGAAUCUUUAAGCUGCUUUGACUUCCUGGAGAAAGACACAGGAGCAGAGACUGGCUUCCUUAGACCUUGGAUCCAACAAAUGCCAAAAACUUCAAGAGCCUCCUUAAGGUUAAGCACCUGCAAUCAUUUUUGCCUCUCCUUUGAGAUCUAGACAUGAAAGUCCAGCAGAUGGAACACUGAGAAGGAGAGUGGCUCUCUGCCAAGUACUUCAGGCAUCUAACACAAUUGUCCAACACCGGGAAAACAACUGGACACCAUAACCCUGAACGGACCAUAACUUAACUAAGGCCUGGUCUACACUAGGAGGUUAUGUCGAAUUUAGCAGCGUUAAAUCGAAUUAACCCUGCACCCGUCCACACAACGAAGCUAUUUAGUUCGACAUAGAGGUCUCUUAAAUUCGAUGUCUGUACUCCUCCCCAACGAGGAGAGUAGCGCUAAAUUCGACAUGGCCAUGUCAAAUUAGGGUAGGUAUGGAUGGAAAUCGACGCUAAUAGCUCCAGGAGCUAUCCCACAGUGCACCCACUCUGUUGACGCUCUGGACAGCAGUCUGAGCUCGGAUGCUCUGACCAGCCACACAAGAAAAGCCCCGGGAAAAUCUGAAUUCCUUUUCCUGUCUGGGCAGUUUGAAUCUCAUUUCCUGCUUGGACAUCGUGGGGAGCUCAGCAACACCGGCAACGAUGCAGAGUUCUCCAGCAGAGGUGAACAUGCAAUCUCAGAAUAGAAAGAGGGCCCCAGCAUGGACUGAUCUGGAAGUCUUGGAUUUGAUUGCUGUGUGGGGCGAUGAGUCCGUGCUUUCGGAGCUGCGAUCGAAAAGACGGAAUGCAAAGAUCUACGAGAAGAUCUCAAAAGCCAUGACAGAGAGAGGACACAGCCGGGAUGCAACGCAGUGCCGUGUGAAAAUCAAGGAGCCGAGACAAGCGUACCAGAAGACCAAAGAGUCAAACGGACGCUCCGGAUCCCAGCCCCAGACAUGCCGUUUCUACGAGGCACUGCAUUCCAUUCUAGGUGCGGCCGCCACCACUACCCCACCACUGACCGUGGACUCUGAGGAUGGGAUAUUGUCGACGACCGCUUCCUCGGAGAUGUUAGCGGACGGGGAAGAUGAGGAAGGUGAGGAGGAGGACGAGGCAGUCGACAGCGCUUACAACGCUGAUUUCCCAGACAGCCAGGAUCUCUUUAUCACCCUCACAGAGAUUCCCUACCAACCGUCCCCAGGCAUUAACCCGGACCCUGAAUCAGGGGAAGGAUCAGUCAGUAAGUGUUUUAAACAUGUAAACAUUUAUUUUGAACAGAACAGGAAUAUUAACAAUGGGUUUUUCAUGAUUUGUUUGCCCUAGGCGCUCUACUUUUUAGUCCUUGCCAGUGCAGCUACUGGAAAAGAAGGUCUAUAUGUCUGGGGAUAGAGCUGAAAUCCUCAUGGGACAUCUCCACAAAGCUCUCCUGGAGCUGCAAAUGUCUCCCGACCUACCCUGGCAUCCCCCUCACAGAGGCUGGCGCAGAUUAGGUGGAGAAAGAAAAGGACAUGGGACGACAUGUUCUCAGAACUUAUGGGCUACUCCCGAGCCAAUGCGGCCCAGCAGACCCAGUGGAGGGAGAACAUGUCGCAAUACCAGCGAGCACACAGCGAACGGAAGAAAUGGCGGCAAGAAGACCAGCAAGCGACUCAAACGCUGCUUGGACUAAUGAGGGAGCAAACGGACAUGCUCCGGCGCCUUGUGGAUGUUCUGCAGGACUGGAGGCAGGAGGACAGAGCCCCGCUGCAGUCUAUCUCUAACCGCCCUCCCGCGCCACAAACUCCCAUAUCCCCCUCACCCAAAGUCCCAAGAAGGAGGGGUGGCAGGGGCCGUGAAAACUGUCACUCCACCCCUGCAGACUGCUCAAGUACCAGAAGGUUCUCAUUCCCAAAAAUUUGAUAAGUCCUUUCCUUCCCACCUCACCCAAACCCCCAUCCCAGUUUCAUCCCCUAACUGUGUAGUUGCUA